UCGGUAGCCGGUCAGGUAAGGUGCCCAGGAAGACAGGUAGCCUAUCCCGGUAAACCUCUGGAGGCGCACAUGGUUCCGCCUUGUUUGGGAUCUAUAUGUAUCACGGCCCAACCGUCGCCGUACAUCUCAAGCUACUCCGUAUAUCGAUCGGCACGUACCAAGAGGCGCGCUGUCAAGCCGCGUCCUGCAAGCUCAACACUAGACCAGUAA